UGCUGCAGGCACGUCGACCUCGGCUGGUCAUCUCCAGGGAUCGGCAGACGCCGCAGAAGCGUCAGGGGGUGACGAUGUUUCAGGGGUUUCAAGAGACCAGGCACGCCACUCGACACAGAGCAGCAGCCGUUUGGCCUCGUCACGGGGCCUGACGCUGCCAGCAGAUUCCGGCGGUGGCGAUUCCGGGACUUCUCUAAGUUUGGAAGAGAGGCUGAAGCUGGUGCGUACACAGAAGCGCAGGAAGCAAGUCAACCUGUAUAGUCUUCGGCGUCACUGGUUGACGGAAGCGGCUUAUGUCAAAGAGAGGACGUCAUCGGCGAAACCGAUGCGGGCUAAACCAGGUGGGUCCCCGGUGUCCCCAUCACCGAAACUACUGGAAAGGUACCGAGCAGCGUAUAGGUCGACAGUCGAUAAGAAGCGACAGGAGAUGUCGGCGUUGGAGCAGUCCAUACGUGAGUUGGAAAUCGAAGAGGCACAACUUCGAGCGUUGCUUCUCGGUCGCCGCAGUAAAGGCGGUGAAGCGCCGGCAGAGCCUGAGACAGAAGGACAGCCACCCCCGUCGACAUCGACUGCCCAGUCGGAAGGCCCAGGCGCGCAGGGAGGUCCAGGCAUCCAGGGCGUAUCGGCAGAAACAGAAUCAGCUGAGUUGCCUGAGGCGACCUCGCCGGUUCCAGGCUGCUCCUGGUGGAGUACCAGCCCCCCCGUCACAUCAUUGAGCCCGACCGCGAAGGGAGUCGAACCCGGCUCUUCUGCCGAGGAUAAGGUGACAGGGUUAGAGAGAGACCUCAAGCAAGUACACUCAAGGAGGAUGCGACUCGUUCGGAAGCGUUGCUGGAUGAGUAUGAGGUGGAGGGAUGAAGCAACAUUUGUGAACCUGAGACUGCAGAUGAUGAACACCUGUCGGAAGAAGAAGAAAAUGGCUGCAAUCGUUUUGUCGCCUGAGCUUCACCAGCAACUCUCUCGGCAAUACCGUGAACGCUGCCCGCAACGAUUUGCGCUUAUGGAGGAUCUCAGCAAGGAGAUAAGGAUGCUUGAGGAAAAGGAGCAGAGUCUAACCGCUCAACUGUGGCAUGCUCGAAAGUCGAGCUAUUUUGCCGCAGAGACUCGAACGCAAGCGUCCGGUGUUUCCAGUUCCACGGAAC